ACACACACAGUGCCAAACUCACACCACCCACCCACAGACACAGCAUCCACCUGCACGCACAUACACCAUGCAGUUAGGAAAGGUGCAAACUUUAAUAGUGACCAAUCACGAUUAGCAAAGCACCUGAAACCUUAUCUGACCAAUCAGAGUUCGUCAUCCACUUUACAUGUACAGGUGUACUUGGAUCAUACACCGUUAUUUGGACUUUUGGUCUCAUUAGACAUGAGAGAAAAACAAACCUUGUAACAUAGUUUGUUGCAAUAUAUAUCACAGACCUGAAUUUCUUCCUUCAUUUCUUGUCAAACGACCAGUCGCUGAAGUUCUUCUUGCUGCUUUCUGUCGCCUUUUUGUCAAGUCUCCUUGUGCAUCCAGUAUCAACAGAAAACGGACCCAUCCAGACUGAAAAUGGCCCAAAAAGUUACGCUCAUUACAGGAUGCUCCACCGGCAUAGGACUCACUAUAGCAGCGAAACUCGGCAAGGAUGCAGCGAAAAAAUAUUUGGUUUAUUCAACCAUGAGAAACCUGGGUAAAAAGGAUGAACUUGAGGCUGCCUCAGGUGACGCCCUCAACGACACGAUGAUUAUUCGUCCUCUCGAUGUUGUCAAUGAUGACUCGGUAAAGAAAUGCGUCGAUGAAAUCAUCAAAGAACAUGGUCGAAUUGACGUUGUCAUUAACAAUGCUGGUGUCGCCUCAUUCAACCCGAUCGAGUACUCACCAAUGUCAGACGUUCGGGACGUGAUGGAAACAAACUUCUUCGGCGUUGUCCGCAUGAUGCAGAGCGUACUACCCUACAUGAAGGAACAACGCUCGGGACAUAUUAUCAACGUUAGCUCCAUUGCUGGUGUCCUAGCUCACCCUUUUUAUGAGACGUACUGUGCUUCUAAGCACGCAAUGGAAGCGCUUACAGAAGCAGUGGCUUGUAGGAUGAAAGAUUUUGACGUCAAAAUAACAUCUGUAGUACCUGGUCCCAUUGCUACAAACAUAAACGCAAACAUUGUGGAAGGGAACCGACUUCCGCCAAGACAAAAGAUUGACCCUAUCACCAGAGAACAACUCAAAUAUCUAUAUGCACAUCAGAAACAUCACUUUUCGAAUGAAGUCCAGCCUGUGGAGGAGGUUGCAGAGAUCGUUCAGAAGAUAAUUGAGAUGGACCUUUCUAACGGGCCGGUUCGGUUUCAAACCAGCGACUAUGUACGAGAGAGAGCCGACAUGAAGUAUUCGGAUUUCGGAGCUGUCACGUGGAUGAAUCAUAUUCGGAAAAUCCUCUGUGAGCCGGUCGAUUCCGAAUCGAACCCGAAGCAAGAUGAAUCCAUGGUCUAAUAUGGAUUUUUUUUUUCUUCAAAACUUGGACUGAGCUUGUUCUCUCAUGCAAUUCAUUGAGAAUUUGAACAUUUUCCCUGGGGAAAAGUCAUGGAAUCUCGGAUAAUGGUGCCCCCCCCCCCCCCCCCCUGUUUAGAACGAAUAAGCAAUAAAUAGGAAACAUAGGAGUUCUUGUCACUUGAAAUCGUACCUCACUCUUUCAUGCUGAUCUUCAAUUAUCGACUUGAGUUGAGGGUCUUUGAAGGGGCGUGGUGGGGGAAAGUCAGAUCGGCCAUUGCUUGUUGCAACAGAGGAAGACCAAGAAAAUUAUCUCAAAAGAACUACUGUAAAAAAAGAAUAUCAUGUGACCAAUGAAAUAUGAAACGAUCAUCCUCUUUGCGUUGAUUCGACUUCAGUUGGCUGGUUUAACUUCAUUUCACUUGUUAUUUAUGGUUCUUUCUUCUUGAAGGCCUUGGCUGUCAAAUUCCAAAUUCAUCAAUUAGAACAAAACUCAACAUAAAAUGAAAUAGGUUGGUUUAUUUUAAUAAAAACUUGUUUUUUGUGUAGAUAUAAGUCGAGAUAUUAAAUUUUUUACACAUUUUCACCUAUAAAUCAAUAUGAAGGGUUUAACUUCAUUAAGUCCAAACAUACAAGUGUCAUGCAAGUCACACGGAGACGUCACAAAUAUAUAAGUCACAUUUAUACGUUGAUUAAGACUCAAUUUAGAAUCGAUGUAUGAAGAAUUUAAUCAUGUUCAUGCCUAACGUUUGAAAUAAAUAUUCCAGAUAAAUGUUUUCUCUACUGGAAAAGAAUCUAGUCAAGUAAAAUUAGAUCAGAAUCGUCAAGAGCGUCGCGUAACGUCAUAGUUAAAAAUGUAGUAAUCUUAAUCAAACAUGAAUGCAUUGAAUAUCGAAUUGAUAUUUUACAAGUUGAUAUAAGCAUGAUAGGAUCGCUGUUGAGGCCAGUUUAAUUCAUGUAGUUCAAACGUUUUUUUUAUAAUACUAGUAUUCACUUUCAGUCUUGCAAUAUUCUAAUCUCAAUGAAUUCGAGGUGUUCUAUUUUUAUUUAUUCCUUAUGUAUAUAAAGAAAAUGAUAUUCAUUGUAUAAAUUUCCAGUCAAUUUGAAAUACAUUCCAAUUUACGCUGACGUUUAAAAACUCUAUUCUAAUGUCUUUAAGGUAUAUCGAAAUUAGAUAUUUGGGUAUUUUCAAUUGUGAAAUAGAAUGUGUUUGGUAUUAUAAUUGCACCGUAAAAUGUCAUUUUCGCUGUUAAAUGGCCAUUAGUCAUAUUGUGAUGAUGUGUAUAUGAAAUAACCCAUUCUUUGUUUCAUCAAUUCAAAUUGAAAAUUCCCCUGAAAUUUCGAUGGAUGUCAAUGUAUUUAUUUUAAAAUAUUAGUUAAUACCAUUCGUAUCGUUUCAUUUCAUGAUGUAUUAUAUUGUCUUUUAUUUUCAUUGUAUACCUUAUUCUAAAAUGUUCAUUUCAUAUGUAUUUGCUAUAUUGUAAUCUUAAUCACUUUUGAGAAUCAGAUUCGUUUAUUACUAAUGUACAUAAAGAGUAUAAGAUACGUUUGAUUAAAGCUUAUGUGACUUUGAAGUAUAUUCUCAUUUUUAUUCACUUAAAAAUAAAUUGAUUUACUACUAUCGUUUAAGCACAAUCAGUGGUACCUGCAGUCUGUAUUUUACCCUGUGAAAUGUAU